CGAAGACGCCACUAACUAAGUAAAUAAAAACCGGCGACUUCGCACGAUCAACAGGAACCGCCCAAUCAAGCAUUCCAUUGAGCGCCAAACCCCCCUUGUCGCCGCCACCCUCCGGAACCUCAACCCCUCUCGGUGCUGCCCGCCUCAGAAUAACCUUCCACGGCAGCGACGAUUACACACCUGGCUUUCAGACAUGGGCAAUCUACAGUCGAAGAAGCUCGCGGACGACCAGCUGAAGGAGCUGCAGAAGUUGACCAACUUUGACAAGAAAGAGUUGCAGCAAUGGUAUAGGGGAUUUCUGAAGGACUGCCCGUCAGGCAUGCUCACCAAGACGGAAUUCCAAAAGAUAUACGCGCAGUUCUUCCCCUUUGGCGACCCGUCCACCUUUGCCGACUACGUCUUCAACGUGUUCGACACGGACAAGUCGGGCACCAUCGACUUCAAGGAGUUCAUCUGCGCGCUGAGCGUGACGAGCCGCGGCAAGAUGGAGGACAAGCUCGACUGGGCAUUCCAGCUGUACGACAUUGACGGCGACGGCAAGAUCAGCUACGACGAGAUGCUCAAGAUCGUCGAGGCCAUCUACAAGAUGGUCGGCUCGAUGGUCAAGCUGCCCGAGGACGAGGACACGCCCGAGAAGCGGGUGCGCAAGAUCUUCCGCAUGAUGGACAAGGACGAGAAUGGCAGCCUGGACAUGAAGGAGUUCAAGGAGGGGAGCCAGCGCGACGCCACCAUCGUCUCGGCCCUCUCGCUUUACGAUGGGCUGGUGUGACCGCCGGCGGUUCUCGUUUGUGUGAGCUGCUGGUGAUUCUUGAAGGAAACUCUGCGCCCUGUUUGGGAAGCGGAGGGGAGGAAGGGACAAGAGGAGCAAGGGAGAACUCUGGGGUCGUGGUUGCCAAGGAUAUUGGAGGGGACCCCUUUCGCGUCAACUGUUCGAGUUGUCCAGCAGAUUCGGGUGGUUCCGCGUAAAGAGAGCAUGGGCCUGGAGUGCCCGGCUAUCGAUCCGGCUGACCCAGCAAGGGUUGCAGUGAUGCUGGUGCCGACAGAGGUAUUGGGUGGUUUUGUGAGGCAGUGAAGGCGCAAUGAGUCGGCGCUAAUGGUCUUCAUGUUGUUUGAUUUUGGUUGAGAGGAAGGUUCCCUGUAACUUUGUGCGUUUUAGCAACUAAAUCGUUGAUACUGGUCUGUCCCAACUCGGGGCCCC